AAUAUAUUAAUAAUAAGUAUUAUAAAAAUUAGCUUUAGCCUAAGUAAAGAGAUUAUUACCCUAAGUAUAGUAAAAAUAGAGACGUAUUUUAGAACGAUAACUUUUUAUAUUUUAUUUAUUAAUACCCUAUUUCUCUUAUAUUUAAAAAAUAUAGAUCGACUAGGUAUUAUAUUUAAUAAUAUAAAGAAUAAAAUCUUUAGUAAUAAGUAUUUUAAAAUAGUCGAACGACGAUAG